AUGGAAUUUCUCCUAGAAUCCGGGUUCGCCAAUCUCAGUUGGGGAAACGCUCUCCUGUUCUUGUUGGGGGGAGCGUUUAUGCUGUUAGCAGUUGCCAAGGGAAUGGAACCCUACGUUCUUCUGCCGAUAGGACUGGGCAUCAUUCUCGGCAACUUGCCAGGAACGGGCCUCAUUGAUUUUGAUCCAUCCGGCGAGUUGCAAUCAUCAGGAAUAUUUGGCCUGAUUUUCCACUUCACACUGUCCUCGUGGAAUAUUCUUCCCCCGCUCAUAUUCCUGGGGUUGGGGGCCCUUACUGAUUUUGGGCCGAUAAUCGCCAAUCCCAAGACGUUGCUAUUGGGUGCCGCAGCUCAACUGGGUAUCUUCGUAGCUUUCUGGUUGGCGCUGGGCCUGGGACUCUUCACGUCGCCGGACCUUUUUACUCUGGAGGAGGCUGGCGCCAUUGGCAUAAUCGGCGGAGCAGACGGUCCCACAACGAUUUUUGCCUCGGCUAAACUGGCACCUGACUUGUUAGGAAUUACCGCGGUCGUAGCCUAUUCCUACAUGGCCAGCGUGGUCUUUGUGCAGCCUCCGCUUAUGAGGCUGUUAACCACCCAGAGGGAACGCCGAAUCGAAAUGAAGACACCGCGUGAAGUGUCCCGCACCGAGAAGCUCAUAUUCCCCACCGGGGCGAUGCUGAUAAUAAUUCUGUUCGUUCCAGAGUCUGCCCCACUGAUUGCCAUGUUUAUGAUAGGGAAUAUAUUCCGGGAGAGUGGUGUAGUGCCGCGCCUCAGCAAUGCGGCGUCGAAUGAGGUCUUGAACAUCGCCACCAUUUUCCUGAUGGUCACGAUUGGCGCCGAGCUGACCGCCGAAGGGUGG